GUUAGAGAAGUUCAAAACAAUCUAGUCACAUAAUCGAACAGCUAACGACAGUAUGGACGGUAGUAGUGUCGCUAUUCGGUCGCUGCCGUCCAAUAAUUAAUUAACACAGCGGUCAAAAUGAAAACCGUCGCGGCCAUUAAGUUAGGUCUGUGUUCUUCGGUUUUCAGUACAGCCGUUUUAGCCUCAGUGUGUUUUUUAGUUGUCUGGUCAUAUUGGUACUUUGAAUUCGAUGCAGACUGUGCCGUGCACGAUUGUAAGUGUAUAUUAUUUGGUACCAGUUUUGCCGGUGGGGUUUUUGUCGGAGGCCAACUGUAUCGUUGCCGAUAUGUGUGGUACUCAUUGACCGUAUCCGCGAGUUUUGCGGCCUUAGCAUGCAUUGCUUAUGGACUGGGUAUCUUAUGUUCGGUUGGUACGGCACGUCAACGACGGCGGUCUUACGAUCAAGCUCCGACUAUGACUGAUGAUGACAUCACUAGAAAAAGUUCACAGGUAUCGAAAUCCAAGAUAGGGUUAGUCAUUUUUUCGAUUUUGAUGGCUGUAAACACAAUGAUAGCAUCAAUUAUAUUAACAAAUGGAUAUAUUUCGACUUGUCAACAAUAUGUACAUCGAGUUAAUAGCUUUUUACUGCCAACUGGAAAAAUGGUAGAUUUGAUAUCAAACAGAUUAUCGUGUGAAACGAUUUAUGAUUUUUUGGAUUACCUUCAACCACCCUCACAUGAAGCGACCCUCGAACUGAUCAGACAACAUAGACCAAAUCCUCGAAAUGACAUUAUAAAUACAUGGAAUUGGUUAACAACAUCGAUCAUCAUGUCAUGGUUAAAUACAAUUUUAUGGGUUUUAUUACCAGUCACAUUUUAUUUUCUUUAAAUGAUUAAAAAUUUUACUAAAAGAAAGUAUUUAAUAUAAUUUAUACAAAAAUAGAGAUGAAAAAUUAAGUUAAUAUUUUAUAACUAAUUAAUUAAAAAUCGAAUUUAGUAUAUUAAAAACUUUUUAUCUAAAAAUAUUGCUGUGUUCACUACAAAAAUUGAUUCUUACCUGUUAUAAUAGCUAAGAGUUAAUGAGAGAAUAAUUUUCCUUAUAUUGUUAAGCCUAAAAUCAAUUUUUAACAUCUAGAUUAUAAUUAUUUAAAAAAAAAAAUUUUUUAAAUAGUUUGUUCAAAAUGUAUAAAAUUUCUCAUUUUUUAAAAAUUAUUUUUAUUACAGUGGUUUUAAUUCGCCUUAAUGACCUUUAUAGAGUAAAAGUUAAGAAAAUCUUUUAAAAAUAAGUUUUUAUAGAUCAAAUCGAUGCCGUUGUGCAAGGCGUUUAAUUUGUUUUUUUUUUUAUCAAAAAUAAAAUUUCAAGUAUUGAUAGCAUGGAUGCGAACACGUGAAAGAAUUUAUUUUACUAUGAUGUGUUUUUUUU